GUGGCCACUAGUGGAGGCCCUAAAGCGAGUCAAUGCUCUCAGAGCCAGCCGAGAGCCACAGCCAGAGUCCCUCAGGGCACCGGUGACGCCAUUGCUGGACAUCGUGCUGUGCUAUUGUGGGAGGGGCGAGCGCAUCGACUGGCUGCGGGGCUUCCACAAGCUCCCGUGGCGGAACGAGAACCGCUCGGCGUCCACGACCACUCGAGUCGCGCUCAGGUUCUACCACAAGUGUGGGGCGAUGGGCGACGAGCAGCGCGAGGAAGAGACUUCGAAGCUCAAGGACGAGUGGUCCGACUACUUCCACACUGUGGAGGUCCGCUACGUGGACGACCAGGUACGAGCUGACGACUGUUCCGCAUACCUGGCCUACAUCGUUGACCGAUACGACGAUCUGCCGGAAUUCGCAGUCUUCCUGCAUGCAGAUGCUCCAGAGCACAUCCCGAGCGUGGACUUGUUGAUGGACGCCGUCUUUGCCGCUUCCAGGGGCUUCCUCCCGAAAGAGGCGGGCUUCGUCCACCUGGCCCAUAACUACGUGCGGCACGACUGCCCAGGGAACAGGACCGGCUGCAAGGAUCCGGAUGCCCCAGAAGUGGCACGGCUUUGGAGGAAAGUUUUCCACUCGUCCAUCGCGCCGACGCGGCUCGAGGGCCACAUGAACGGCUACUGCUGCGUGCAAUUUCUGGUCCGCCGUGAACGCAUCCGGCUACGGACGAAGCAGUUCUACGUCGAUGCCUUGAACUUUUUUGGAGAUACUGCCGAGUCCUACUACGAACUCUUCCCCGUUGGCAAGGUGGUUUGGACGCCUGACACGCGAGGUCGAACCCCCUGCCAGCUGGCCAUGUACUUCUGGCACGUCAUUUUCGGUGAAGAUCUGUGGCUUCCGCGGCGUCAUCGUGACUCGCGACUGCCUUUGUUCAUCCGCAUGUUGAACAUCGAGGCGGAGGCAGCGCUCGAGGCCCAGAGAGGUGAAGAUGGCGCGGGCGGUCGCGUCAUUCAAUUCACAGGCGAUAACACGGGUUCCGAGGACACGUACUACCGCUUGCAGAGUCUCUUCAUGGAGACUGGCCAACCGCCAUGA